AUGAGGGAAGAAGAUAUUUUGGAGGAGCUCCACGAGCUGGAUGGUAAACUCAAGAGUCUUCCACCCCAAACACAUUGGCUCUGCCCUAGGCGUUUCGAAGACGACAUGGUUGACUACGACCAACCUGAUCAAGCCGAUGAGGAUAUGACCUUGGAAGAGAAACGCAAGCACAUAAGAGAUGGCAGAGAACGACAUGAGAUGGCUUACAAGUACUCUCUUGUUUAUGGAUUGGGCCAAGAUUUGGUUGGGGAUUUACAAAAUGCCUACCAAAUGAAGCUGAACGGGUUUCUGGCGACUUGUGAUAAAUGCGCCUACAACUGGCAUGAAGGUCGCAAGGCAUUUCUGAAAGACCUGUCGGAGAAAUUUGAAGAAGAAGUCGUCAGAGACAUGGCAGAGCGACUUAGCUCAAUUGACUUUGUCCGGCUGAACAAAGGUCUUAAAGGUGCCGAAGAGACGCUCAACCAAGUCGACCCCUUAAAGCGUACCCAAAGUUACCUGGCCACCCACAACCAAACUGGUCUACUCGCUCUUUAUGAAUCUCUGUGCUGUGUUGAGUACCAUCGAAAUGAUCAAAUUUUGGCCGGAAGUUUCGAUUUUGUAUUUGAGCAACUACAAAGUAGAAGGAUCCUUAGGAUGGCGGAUCUUUUGCCUGCCAUGGCACGAUUUCUUUUCAGCCGCAACCCCAUUCGCAAUCGGUUUUCAAUAGCUGCCUGGGAGAAAACAGAGUCAAAGCUCACAGGCAAAACUUUCGAUUGGGCCGUUCACGAUGUUCUUACUGAAGCUAUCAUGUUGGUAGCACAACCAUGUGCCGACCCAGAUGACAUAACGAUUUUUUGGAAAGGCUUUCUUCGGAUCUUAGCAAAGAUGGACAAGGACCUCAUCACCCAUCGUUUGCUUGCAAUGGAAGUUCAACCGGGUAUAUUUCGCCUUGCACUGCAACAUUUCUCGGCCAACUCUGGCACUAUUGUUCAACUUGUUCUCGAUGCCCUGCAAAUACUCCUCGAGAAGGCCCCCAGAGCUCUCUGGUCAUCGCUGGGCUCGAUCUCCGCCUCGACGGUUGCUGACCAGGUUUUUCAAAGCAAGGGCUUCAUGAAAUUACUGGCAAACCCGGACAAUUUUGAGAAAGAUGAUCCUAAGAGAUCGCAAGUGGUCUCGUGGAUUCCAGGUUUCUUGAAGUCUAUCAGUUCAGACCAGCAGUACGAAGCAUGUCGGACUCUACUUAGCCAUCUAUUAGGCCUGGUCCAGCGGGCCCCAGAAUGUGCAGAAGCAGCCAAAAAUGCCUGCCUUUUUGCUGGCCUUGAUGCUCUAUAUCUUACAUUGAUACCAUUCAAUUCAAGCGAGUACAGAGUCAACGCCUCGACCUCAUUGAUAGUGAUUAGUGAAGUAAUGGGGCUUGUCAAUCAAUACAAACACAUCAUCACCGGCUGUGCCGAUCUGGGCGAGGAUUCAGAAAACGUUUCGAAACUGAAGGGACUAGCUUUGCUCGUUAUCAAGGAGGCACUUGCUCUCGACUGCAAGAGUAUCAACAUUGAAUGCGAAGAAUUACGACGCGACAUCCCCAUUCAGCGUGGACUCAGAGGCCAUUCACAGUCCAUUUGGCAAGCAGUCUUGGACAUUUUCAGACCCGGCAAUGUUGAAUUAGCGAAAAGUAUCAUCCCAGCUACUUUCCAGCUCGUCGGACUCGAUAAAUUCCUCCCGCGGGAUAAGAAAAAGCCAAACGAGAUGCCAGCGAAUCAGCUACAAUUCAACAAGGACGUUGGUCAGCUCAUGGAUAACGUCUCGAGAAUCAUCGAUCGACUGAGUGACUUCCCAAGCAUGGACCUGGGUCAAUUCUCUCAAGAUCCGAAAAUGUCUCGUCCACUGUUUGCGUCAUUGAUAUCCUCUGAUGAAAAUGUUUGCCAAGCUACAGUUGGCGUUAUCAAAGCUAUGACUGGUGAAGAUACUAGGCAGGAUGCCGUCCAGAACCUCUUUGAGACGUCGUUUGGUCAAAUGCUCAGUGCUUUGAUUUUUGCCGCCAAUAAGGUAAUCAACACGAAGGCUUUCGGUCCUGUACCAAACAUGGUAAAGUUCAACCGUGAAGCUCUUCAGGCUUUGGCUGGGGAUACAGGCGUUAUUCGGGCUCGCUCUGGGUUCUCCAAAGAGGAUAAGAAAGCCAUCAUGCUCUGGUGGACAGGUCAAUGGCGAGUGCUCGACAUGAUUUUUUCAAAUUUGGAGAAGUGGGCCCCACGGGUUGACAAGAACACCCAAGGAAUGUUAGACUUCACCCGCGAUGUGGCAGAAUUCGCAGGCGAAUUAUUCGGCAAGUACAACGUCUUUGCGUCUUCUCAGCAGAGCACCUCGCCUACGUCUUCAGAAGACGAAGGAGACCUAGAGACCUAUAUUUCAUCAAAAGAUGCCAUCAAAAAGGUUCUACAGGUGACCUGUAACAAUCUCGACGGUAUGACGACGUGGCUGCGUCUGCGAGAUGGAUAUAUGAUCGGUGUAAUUGCAAGUUUUCUCGGCAAGCUUCUCGGUGUUCUUGGAGACUACAACCUUGAAGUUGAUGACAGAACCGCCAAGUUCAUCAAGAGCGCCCUGGAUGGCUCUACCAGAACGAAUAUGACAUCGCAGCAAAAGGCUGAUCUACAGAGAGCCUUGGAUGAUCAUCAGGGUCUUGAAAUCAUUGAUGAACCCAAGAAUGUCUCGAUCUUCAAGAAGAAGCAAGCCACUAUUGAUUCUUGGACAGCUUCUGCCGAGGGAAAGCAACACGAGCCACGACUGCCUCCAAAGACCGAGACAAAAAGCACAACCACCUUCACCGGCAAAAGCGACAAGUAUGCUUCUCUCGUCAAACACAAGGCUGAGACUGUCAUGUCCGAGGCAGCUAGAGAAGCCUUCAAGAGUAAUCGCCGCAAGCUGGAAGAGGAAAAGGCCAAGACAAAGGCCGAAGCAAUUGCAAAAGCCAGAGCGCUCCGCGCACCUGCAGCAAUCAGGGGAGAGGGCUCCGGCCUCAACGGUCUCGGUGGGGUUGCCGGUAAGGACCAUGCACCAAUCCGAAGUGAGAUCAUGGUCUCUUCUGAUGAGGAGGAUGACGAUGAGGAUGAUGAAGACGAGACCAAUGCUCUUGUGAAAAAGAGGAAGGAAACCAACAAGACAGUGGCCGAGUAUGAGGAGAGCAAGCGGCGUGCUCGCCUUCUGAUGAAUUCAGGCCCAGUCAAGAAAACCAAGGUACAGCGUUCAGCCAAGGAUCUCCGUGCUCGUGUAGAGCCAAAUAUGGACAGACUCUACCUGGAGAUCCUUGGUUGGGACAUCUUUCACGACGGCGACUCUCCUCCAAGCAACAACGAGUGUAGGAAGAUCGAUAACAAGUACCUUGAUCUGGAUUUAUACAAGUCAACAUUCGGACCAUUGCUUAUUUCAGAAGUUUGGCGCUCUCUCGUCACCGCCAGGGACGAAAACAACUACAAGCCGAUUGAGAUCAAGGUCCUGAAUCGCUUGUCCGUCGACAAGUUCAUGGAAGUGAGCACCAACAUGCCCAGAUCGACUAGCCGAGACCUCCAGGUAUCUGAACGUGACAUUGUUCUCCUCUCUCAAAGCCCUGAUCCAUUGAACAGUCAAGGCCAGCCACAUUGUCUUGCCCGUGUUGAGCGUACCACUCGCAAAAAGGAUGUUCUUGAAGUCACAUAUCGAAUCAGCAGAGACACCAAGCCUGCGCUUCUGCAGUGCUUGGUUCCCAAUGGCAAGCUCUACAUCCUGAAGAUUGCAGAUAUGACGACUACACAGCGUGAGUAUGCGGCUCUAAGCAGUUUGGAGUACUACGAUCUUUGCAGUGAAAUCUUGGAGGCAAAGCCCUCACCCCUUCAAAAAUACACGGAUGAGAAGGUAUCGUCUGUCUCUGCGAGGUACAAUCUUAAUACGGGGCAGGCCAAGGCAAUUUUGUCGGCUAACGAUAAUGACGGAUUCACGUUAAUCCAGGGACCACCGGGAUCCGGAAAGACGAAGACCAUUGUCGCUAUGGUUGGCUCUCUUCUCACUCAGACAUUACAGCAGCAAGCCCAGGAACAGGCCCAGCAAAAGCCUGCAGCUCCGGGCCAGAAAGCUGCAAGCACAGCAGCACCCAAGAAAAAGCUACUGAUAUGCGCUCCCAGUAACGCAGCCGUGGACGAGUUGGUCGUUCGAUUGAAAGAAGGAAUUUUGCCCCUGAGUGGUUCUCGCCAAAAGAUCAACGUCAUCCGUCUUGGUAGAAGUGAUGCUAUUAAUACGGCGGUGAAGGAUGUUAUGCUUGACGAGCUGGUACAGAAAAAGCUUGAUGGCAACAGCGGCGAGAAAGAUAAGAUAAACGCUGACCGCGAGAAACUGCACACGGAUGCUGCACAGAUCAAGGAAAAACUGAAUGUUAUCAGACCUCAGAUGGACAAGGCUCGGACCGAUAACGAUGUCAUCGAGGAGCGCAAACUCCGUCAACAAUUCGAUCAACUGAAGCGUCAACAAGCCAUGAUCGGCUCGAAAAUCGACGAGGACAAGCAAAGUGGCAACACGUAUGCGCGCCAGAACGAGAUCAAUCGUCAGAGAUUCCAGCAAGAGAUAAUUGACGGUGCUCAUGUUCUCUGCUCCACGCUCAGUGGUAGUGGUCACGACAUGCUCCGAAAACUCAACGUCGAAUUCGAGACGGUCAUCAUCGACGAAGCUGCACAGUGUAUCGAGCUCAGUGCCUUGAUUCCACUUAAGUAUGGAUGUUCAAAGUGUAUCCUUGUCGGUGAUCCUGAACAACUCCCACCUACGGUCCUCUCUAGAUCUGCUCAGAGCUUUGGAUACGAGCAAAGUUUGUUUGUCAGAAUGCAGAAGAACCACCCCAAGGAUGUUCAUCUUCUCGACACGCAGUACCGUAUGCAUCCUGAAAUUAGCAGCUUCCCAAGCGAGCAGUUUUACAACAGCAGACUGAUCGACGGUCCUGAUAUGGCGAAGUUGAGACAGCAGCCAUGGCACGCUAGCACUAUCCUGGGACCCUAUCGAUUCUUUGAUGUCGCAGGUACUCAGACGAAGCAGGUCCACGGUCAUUCGUUCAUCAACAUUCCCGAACUCAAUGCCGCACUGCAGCUGUAUUCACGCCUGAAGACCGACUAUACGAAUGUUGACUUCAAGGGUAAAAUUGGUAUCAUUACCACCUACAAGGCUCAGCUGAACGAAAUGAAGCUUCGAUUCGCUCAUACAUACGGCGAAGAAAUCUUUCAAGAGAUUGAAUUCAAUACCACCGAUGCUUUCCAAGGGCGAGAACGAGAGAUUAUCAUAUUCUCUUGCGUUCGAGCUAAGGCUACUGGAGGUAUCGGUUUCCUUGGAGACAUCAGACGUAUGAACGUGGGUCUCACUCGCGCCAAAUCGUCUCUUUGGGUUCUUGGAGACUCUCGUUCAUUGAAGCAAGGUCAAUUUUGGAAUAGACUCAUUGAGGAUGCAAAGUCCCGCGACAGAUAUACCACUGGUGAUAUUGUGGCCCUCUUUUCGAAGCCGACAGCCCGUGGUGGUCAGCCCGCUAUGAAGGCCAAGCCAGCUCCAGCCAACGGGACAGCUCCCUCGCCAGCACUCUCCCAGGGUGCAUCUGCUCCAUCCAAUAACAUUGCUGGUCCAGCUCCGCCACAGGAAGUUGACGACUCCGAAGACGAUGUCGGGAUGACCGAUGCUGCAUGUAUUCCUAAUUCUAGGAAGCCAUCAGUUGUUGCCUCACCCCCGGUAGCCAAUGCUUCUCGAGGUCAGAACUUACUGGGUGACCAAAGUAAGCCCGGUCACAAGAGAAGCCGGGAUCCAGAAGACCAAGGUGAAUCAGGACCUGGAAAAAAGGCUCUCCCGAACCCACCCACUGGCCAAAUGUCUUCGAUCGAGCUCGCUCUUCAAGCUCAGCAGGCGGCAAAAGCCAAGUCAGCAGGUGCGCGACCGCGCCCCCCGGGAGGUGUAGCACCACCACGACGUCCUCGACCCGCUGCAGAUCCUUUCAUUGCGCGCAAGCCAGCCAAGCGGAACUGA